AUGCUGAUCACGCCCAGAACGUAUUCAGCUUCGCAAACGCCAGACCGAGCGGUAUUCGAUCCCGGCACUGAGGGCGUGUUCCGCUUCUACACGCUUGCUGGGUGGCGCCAGAGCCUCGUGAACUCAAAACCGUCCCCGGAGAUGCUGUUGACUUAUCAAACGGGCAGUGUAAGAGUUGGGGAGGUUGUCAGAUACACGUUGACCUACACGCCAGCUGCCGAUCCCAUCCUACCUCUGCCAACUCAACUUUACGUUAGGGUAAAAAAUGCCUCGGCCAUUCCGCUGCGAGCCGCCUACCUCCACGGCCCGUACAGCCUUUACGCAUCCUGCUAUCCAUCUACAUUCGACCCCAACAGCAAGUAUGAUGAACAAGAAACAGAUGGCAUCCCACAGUUUGAACCGUAUCUGAAAGCCGGUGGGAACUGGGAUGCGACCAUCAAGUUGCCGACCUCUUUCGGAGGCUCUCACAACCUCGCUGCCGGUCACAUGGGGCUUAAUGGUCCCUCGACGGUAACAUGGGUAAUUGAGAUUGUGUCACAGGUGAUAUUCUCCAACAGUGCAGCUGUUCAUUUUGAAAUGCUGGUCGCUCGUGACGCCAAAUCGUUGGAUUUCUUUUCAGCUGGUGGGACUUCAGCGGCUGGAAUGGGGCCUCCUGGGAAGUUACAGGAUCACUGGCUGCCAGAGACCAAGGGUUUGCAGGUACUGGCUACCACAGGGGUGUUUUCUAAGUCUAUCACACUACGUGUGGAUGAUACAACUAGUCUGUGGAAUAGUCCACCAUUGCCGUCAAAAACUAGUCCGGUCGAGACUGACUCUGGGGUUGAAACCCACAUUGGUGAAUCAGCAGAGCCGGGGAGUGUGACCGAAAGUUCCCACCAUAUACCGCCAAAGAAGCGGAUACACUUGGUUGUGGUGACCCAUGGCUUGCACAGUAAUCUGGGUGCGGACAUGCUCUAUCUCAAGGAAAGCAUUGAUGCGGCUACGAACAAGACCACGAAGAAAGAUAAUCAAGAGAAUACCGAGGCCGAUGACGAGGAAGUCAUUGUUCGGGGGUUCUCAGGCAAUGCGGUUCGCACCGAACGUGGCAUUCAGUAUCUAGGAAAACGCUUGGCCAAGUAUAUCUUGUUGAUGACAUAUCCUGAUCAACCCUACUUCCCUCUGAAGACCUCCAAGUCCAAAACAUUUCCUCGCCCUUUUAGUUCCCGGAAGGAUGAGCCUAAUCUCUCAUCGGAUCCUCAUGCUUCUGUGGAUCAAGAUGGGCUUGCUGGUGGGGAUGACCAUGCAUACCAAAUUACCGGCAUUAGCUUCAUAGGACACUCUCUGGGUGGUCUGAUUCAAACAUAUGCUAUCGCGUAUAUUCACAAACACUCUCCCCGUUUCUUCGAGCAGAUCAGACCGAUCAACUUUAUUGCCCUCGCAACCCCAUUUCUGGGACUUAGCAACGAGAACCCCAUGUACGUUCGAUUUGCCCUGGACUUGGGCCUUGUCGGUCGAACAGGACAAGAUCUUGGGUUGAGCUGGACGGCACCGAAGGUACGAAGCGGUUGGGGAGCCAUUAUUGGUGGGCGAGGUGACUCGGCCAAAGAUCAAAGCAACCCCGAUCCAGGGUCCAAGCCGCUUCUGCGAAUCCUGCCCUGUGGGCCCGCUCAUGAGGCCUUGCAGAAGUUUCAGCAUCGCACCGUUUACUCGAAUGUCGUCAAUGAUGGAAUUGUUCCCUUGCGGACCUCUUGUUUGCUUUUCCUGGACUGGAGAGGCCUUGAUCGAGUGGAGAAGGCGAGAAGAGACAUCGGUCUGGUAGGAACCAUGGCAGAAUGGGGUUGGGCCGAGUUGACUGGAGCCAAUUCGAAGUCCCCUCAAAUUGUUCGUACUGGUGAAGCACCAGGACUGGCAGAUGGUACUUCUUCGUUGGAUGAGCACGAAGCUUUGGCUCUGGAAGACCCAUCUUCCCCCGCCUCUGGACAGUUUAUUGCGUCGAAAAGACAUUCAUCACAUCACAGCCAAGUGACAGAUGGUGGAUCGAAGGAUAAUGUUGCUGGAAGUGCCUCUUCUGGUCCUCUUAGCACUUUCUUCUCCCUGUUCCGUGCCAAGGAGACCAAGUCUCCUCCGCGCCCGAAACAUACCAAAAUUUAUAGGCGCAGCCAGACUCUCGCGUCAUUUGACGCCAAUCAAAGUCCUGCCCCUUUAGUUCGGGGAAAUUCCUUAUAUGAGGGUGAAGAAGGAUUGCAUACGCCACCGAAGACCACCUUUUUUGAGUGUGCAGGCGACUUGCUGAUGCCACCUUUACCCCCCACCGACUUUCUUUUGGAUCCUUCAGCCCGUCCACGGACCAUCUUCCAUGAUCGAAUUUAUCACUCGGACGACAUCCCACCCCCAUUACCCGUGAAACGACGAACCAUCGCGUUCAGUUCUUUGCAGAAUAAGAGCUCGAAAACGGCCCCCGCGGCCACUCAACUCCCUUCCAACUCCGGCGUCUCUGCCAACCUUGGAGAAAGUGGACUGAAGGUCGAAGAGAAGAUUGCUCGCGCCUAUCACCGCGAUUUGACCUGGCGCAAGGUCCUUGUGCGUCUCGAACCUGACGCACAUAACAACAUAAUCGUACGACGAAUGUUCACCAAUGCCUAUGGAUGGCCUGUCGUGAAGCACUUGGUCGAUACGCACUUUGGACAUACUGACGCUGUAGAGACGGAUGAUGUAUUGCAGCAAACGGUUGAGAGGGCCAAGUCACCCGGUAUUGGGCCCAGUAGCUCCGGUGAUGAAGUUGAAGGCCAACAUGACGACUCCAGUCAGGAUUCAGAACAAACCCCUCGUAUGGGUCCGGAUCAUCUGCAUGAUUUCCCGGGGCCUUCUCGACUCUCGGCGCAUUCCCCAAUCCAUGAAAGAGCCGAAACUUUCCCGGCUGAGCAUGAAUCCCACAAGACGACCAGCACCAAUGGACAAUCUCACUAUACGGACGUGUCGCGACAGGAUUCCGCGCGGUGGACGGAUCGCCACGUAGAUGAAGACGAUGAUUGUGAAUCCGGGCUUGACGAGAAGGAUGACGCUGGCUAUCGUUGGUCCCCCACGCUGCGGCCAUGA